UUCCUCCUUGCCAAUUCCCAAUCAGGAUUAGAAAAUGUUGUAAACAACAGCAAAGAAAAGUCCUCCUGAUUGGUCCCAACUUUAAAGGCUCCUGUAUAAAAGACCCAGAUAGGAAGAGUUUAUCACAUCCUCCGAAACUCACCUGCAACCAGGACCCGCCUCCACACCUGACACCAUGACCCACUCCUGCUGCUCCCCCUGCUGCCAGCCCACCUGCUGCAGGACCACCACCUGCAGGACCACCUGCUGGAAGCCAGCCUGCAUCUCCAGCUGCUGCAGCUCCCCCUGCUGCCAGCCCAGCUGCUGUCAGUCCAGCUGCUGCCAGCCCUGCUGCUCCCCCUGCUGCCAGCCCACCUGCUGCAGGACCACCACCUGCAGGACCACCUGCUGGAAGCCAGCCUGCAUCUCCAGCUGCUGCAGCUCCCCCUGCGGCCAGCCCAGCUGCUGUGGACAGACCAGCUGUGGCUCCAGCUGCUGCCAGCCCUGCUGUCAGACCACCUGCUGCAGGACCUCCUUCAAGCCCACCUGUGUGACCAGCUGCUACAGCACCCCUUGCUGCCAGCCUAAACCAGGACCCGCCUCCACACCUGACACCAUGACCCACUCCUGCUGCUCCCCCUGCUGCCAGCCCACCUGCUGCAGGACCACCACCUGCAGGACCACCUGCUGGAAGCCAGCCUGCAUCUCCAGCUACUGCAGCUCCCCCUGCGGCCAGCCCAGCUGCUGUGGACAGACCAGCUGUGGCUCCAGCUGCUGCCAGCCCUGCUGCCGCCCGACCUGCUGUCAGACCACCUGCUGCAGGACCUCCUUCAAGCCCACCUGUGUGACCAGCUGCUACAGCACCCCUUGCUGCCAGCCCGGGUGCUGUAUGUCCAGCUGCUGCCAACACAGCUGCUGGUGAUCAGCCUUCCAAAGGACCACCAUCCAUACAACAAAA